UAAUAGUGGUCUUAUGCAAUAUUUGUCUUUUUGCCUCUGACUAAUUUCACUCAGCAUAAUGCCUUCCAGCUUCCUCCAUGUUAUGAAAUGUUUCACAGAUUCAUCACUAUUCUUUAUCGAUGCGUGGUAUUCCAUUGUGUGAAUGUACCAUAAUUUAUUUAACCAUUCAUCCAUUGAUGGACACCUUGGUUGCUUCCAGCUUUUUGCUAUUGUAAACAGUGCUGCAGUAAACGUGGGUGUGCAUAUAACUGUUUGUGUAAAGGCUCUUAUUUCUCUAGGGUAUAUUCCGAGGAGUGGGAUUUCUGAGUUGGAUGGUAGUUCUAUUUCUAACUUUUUAAGAAAAUGCCAGAUUUCCAAAGUGGUUGUACCAUUUGACAUUCCCACCAGCAGUGUAUAAGAGUUCCGAUCUCUCCGCAGCCCCUCCAACAUUUAUUAUUUUGUGUUUUUUGGAUUAAUGCCAGCCUUGUUGGAGUGAGAUGGAAUCUCAUCGUAGUUUUAAUUUGCAUUUCUCUAAUGGCUAAUGAUCGAGAGCAUUUUCUCAUGUUUCUGUUUCUGUUAGCCGCCUGAAUAUCUUCUUUAGUGAAGUGCGUGUUCAUAUCCUUUGCCCAGUUUUUGAUUGGGUUGUUUAUCUUUGUGGUUGAGUUUUAACAGAAUGAUAUAGAUUAUAGAGAUCAGGCGCUGGUCAGAGAUGUCAUAGCUGAAAAGUUUUCACAAUCUGUAGGUGGUCUUUUUACUCUUUUGGUGAAGUCUUUAGAUGAGCAUAGGUGUUUGAUUUUUAGGAGCUCCCAGUUAUCUGGUUUCUCUUUGUCAUUUUUGGUAAUGUUUUGUAUCCUGUUUAUGCCUUGCAUUAGGGCUCCAAAAGUUGUCCCUAUUUUUUCUUCCAUGAUCUUUAUCGUUUUUCAUCUUUAUGUUUAGGUUUUUGAUCCAUUUGGAGUUAGUUUUUGUGCAUGGUGUGAGGUAUGGGUCCUGUUUCAUUUUUUUGCAAAUGGAUAUCCAGUUAUGCCAGCACCAUUUGUUAAAAAGACUAUCUUUUCCCCAAUUAACUGACACUGGGCCUUUGUCAAAUAUCAGCUGCUCAUAUGUGGAUGAAUUUAUAUCUGGGUUUAAACAGAAUUUUUUGAUGCAAGUCAUGCUUACAGUGUUUAUUUUCUGCACACUUCAUGUUACAGUUUAUAGCCACAGAUAACGUUUCAUCCACGAAGUCUUUUAUACUAUAGAAAAAAGAAAACCAAACCCAGUGCCGUCAAGUCGAUUCCGACUCAUAGAAGUAUAAUUAUUUACUUCGAAUGAAAAUCACACAAUUCAUUUAUGUGGGAAAUAAAAAUAAACAGAUGAAAGUUGUUCUUCUAGACUUAUAUAUUGUAUAAAUAUUUAAAUCUCUCUGAACCCUAUUUCCUCCAAGUAUUUUCUUACGACACUUUCACGCUUACAGAAAACUGAAAGAUAUGUUACACUGGAUGUCUGUAUGCCCACCUAAAUGAGUGGAUAGAUAUGUGAUGAAGCAAAUAGGGCAAAAUGUAAAUAAUUGGAUCACAGUUGUCAAUGGAGAAAGUAUGGUACUUUAUUAGGCGUAAUACUGAAAUUUUAUUGAGGAAUAGAAGAGCUGUAGCUGGGCAGCAUAUUGUAAAAUUGUAGUGUGCUCUGAUGUUCAGGAGGAGAGAAGUGUUUUUUACACAGGAAAACCACAAGCAUGUCUUUGUGUUCCUAACUACAAGCGUAUCUUUGUACCUACUUUAGCUUCACCACAGUUUGUUCUCUUUCCUGUUUUUCUGCGUUUAAAGUUUUUCUAUUAUAGAAGUUAUGGGUCAUGUAUUCAGAAAAGAGCAGAAACAAAAACAAAAUGGAUUGUGAUCCAGACCUGUGUCAGCCAUUUCAUUUUUGCCAGGGGCCUCGGUUAGAGUUCUCCUCCACAUACUUUACCAAGAUUUUUGUAAAUGUUUUCUAAUGUAUAAGUUUACUAGAAGAAUGGAGGUUCCUCCUCCUGUUCUAGGGUGAAAUCACCACAAAGUUAUAGUAAACCAAGAAGAAAGACAAGAGGCAAAAGUGGGAAACAGACAAGCAUGGUGCCAGAGCCACGUCUGCCCGAGUUGAAGGAAUGUUACAGACUCGUUAGUGUAUGUUAACGUUACAAGUGUGUAAAAUCAUCAGAAGCUUCACGUUUUCAGAGAUUGGCUGAAAACUGCCAAAAUCACCAAGCUUUUAUAUUUUCAAAUGUCUUUUCUAAUAAUCAUUGGUACAGAUUUCAAUAACGACAGGAGCUGUCUUCACUGGUCCAACAAAUCUUACUGUUUACUAAAUGCUAAUAAAAAAGAUAAAUAAAAAACAAAACAAACCUGGAUUGAUUCCAACUGAGUGUCUUUUGCGCUCUAUCUAGGAUUUAUGUGACAGGUUCCCUAAAGGAUGUUCUCCAGGAUUGUCCUAGCUAUCGCUUUUGUACCUCAGGGCCCAGGUGAUUUGUCCUUGUGAGUUCUUAUUGCUCCAGCUAGGCUACAUUCUUUAUACUCACGGAGAGGAAUAAUGGCUCCAAUUUUAACUCCUACAUCACUCCCAUAGUAGAUUUUCUGAUGUUAUUAAGCUGUUUUGUCAUUUUUGGGAUAAAAUACUGUCAUUUUGGGGAUAAAAUAUGUUUGGUUAUGGUGUACUAUAAUUUUUUAAGGUACAGCUGCAAUUUGCUAGUGUUUUACUUAGGACUUUUGCAUCUAUGUUUAUAAGUGGAACUGACCUCGUUUUCUUUUUCUGUAGUGCUCUUGUUUGCUUUUGGUGCCCUUGGUGAAUGCGUUAGAAACCAUUUCUUCUUAUUAUUUUUUAAUGCUUUGUUAUUGUUAUUAGGUUCCAUCAAGUCGGUUCUGACCCAUAGCGACCCUUUCUACAACAGAAUGAAACGCUACCUGGUACUGCACCAUCCUCACAAUCGUUGCUCUGCUUGAGCCCAUUGUCGCAGCCAUGGUGUCAGUCCAUCUCAUUGAGGGUCUCUCUUUUUCACUAACCCUCUGCUUAAUACUUUGGGGCACGUAAUAUUUAAUACAGAAAUUACCUAUUCCCAAAAACUUGGCUAAAACUGGCCAAUAAAAUCAUGAGGCUGAUGCCUUUUAGAGAGUGGAUUCGACGACCUUUUCGUUUUCUUCUGUGGUUAAUAAUAUCUGUAUUUUUUCCUUCCCCAUUUUUUGAGUCUAUUUUAGACAAUUUGUAUUCUCCUAGGAAAUUACCCAUUUCUUCCAGAUACUUUAAAUUACAAAGUGGAACCAAUAACAGUUUUUAAAUGUCCAUCCGUAGACAUGUUGCCUUUUUAGUCCUGAGACUGUUUGCCUUUAUGUUUUCUCUGUCUUCAGUGAAAUGAGUUCCUUAAUGGGGCCUUCUGCCUUGGUUCUUUGGAAAAACAGCUUGGGAGAAAUAAGAGCAAAGGAGAGCCCCUUUUGGGAACCUGUCACUCUCAUGGCAGAGGAAAAAGGACACGACAGGUGGUGGGGUCCUGCAAGGCUUAGAAAUCACACCUUUGCUCUCACUCCCAUGUGUUGCCCAAGACAAGACUGAUGUCAGGAGUCAAACCCAAACCAAAUCUAUUGCAAUUGAGUGGAUUCCAAGACAUAGCGACCCUAUAGGACAGAUUAGAGCUACCCCAUAGGGUUUCCAAGGAGCGGCUGGUGGGUUCAAACUGCCAGCCUUUUGGUGAGCAGCUGAAUGCUUAACCACUAAGCCACCAGAUGUCAAGGACACAGAAGUAUAAUCUUUUAAUAGAGAAGCAGAUGGUAGGCAAAAAUGAUAAAAUCUGGCUCAAAGGCCUAUUUUAUCUUAAUUACUAGGAUUAACAAAGUGACCUAGAGGCAUUUCUUCUUACAGGAAGCUCACAAUCUAGUAAAAACAGUCAUUUAAGUAAAAAUUGCAAUCUGGUUUUACUAAGGUGAUGUGUAGGCUGAGCAGCUCUGCCUACGGUGUUGGGGGAACGUCUUAGGGGAACCCCAGCUAGCCUUAAAGGGCACUACACAGCAGGAAGGAGUCCCUGGGUAGUGCAGACAAUUAAGCUCACAACUGCCAGUUUGUACCCACCCAGAGGUACCUUGGAAGAUAGGCCUAGCAAUCUGCUUCUGAAAGGUCAUAGCCUUGAAAGCCUUAUGAAGGAGUUCUACUUUGCACAGAUGAGGUCACCAUGAGUGGGAAUUGACUCAACAGCAGCCAACAACAGCAACAAGGCAGCAGUUGGAUGUAGGCAUGUGGGCUAAGGUCCUGGCCACGCUGCUGAGGAGCUUCUAAAGGUCCUGGAUGCGUGAAAACAAGAGGGCUUUCAUAACUGAGGUUUGAAGAAGUUCCCCAGGCAGCAGAAAUCCAUCUUGAGGUGAAGUAACUUCCAUCUGGCCCUGUGGCAGAAUUUCAAGGCAGCCACUGUACCAACUCUGGGGCCAUGAUGUUGCCUGAUCUUUCUGCCUGGGGAGAGCAGGACUGGGAGAAGAUUUUGGCUUCACAGAACAGGGAAGAUGUGGAGACCAUGAAGAAACUGACUCAAAAACAUGAGGCUAAAGGUUUGUCCUCUAAGGAUACUGACUGGGACCAAGAGAAGAAGAGGAAGCCCCAAAUACUGGAAUCAGUUACACUCAAGGAUGUCACUGUGGUCUUCACGGAGGCAGAAUGGGAGAGACUGAGCUCUGAGCAGAAGAACCUAUACAAAGAAGUGAUGCUGGAGAUUUACAGGAAUCUGCUCUCAUUGGCAGAACCGAAGCCAGAACUCUACCCCUGCUCCUCCUGCCUUCUGGCUGUCUCCUGUCAGCAAUUCCUCAGCCAGCACGUGCUUCAGAUCUUCCCAGGCUUCUGUGCACAACAUCACUUCCAUCCAGGGCGUUCCAGCCUAGGGCAUCAGAAGCAGCCAGAGCAGCAGGAUUCUGAUCUCAGCUGCUGGAGGGAAAACACAGAAGGUCAAGACAGAGAAGUCUCCAGACCCCUGUGUGGGAGGACAGGGGAGGGAGAGACUUCAAGGAUGUUCUUCAGCCCACCCCGAAGAGAGUCAGCAAGCCCUGGAGAAGGCAACACAGAGAUAGGGAUAGAGCCCAGCUCAGGCCAAAGGGUAAAGUCUGUGGAAAGGGGCAAAGGGUUGAAGGAAUUAGAAACCUCAAAAUUAGGAGCAGUCAUCCAUACAGAGUAUGAACCAGACUGUGGCCUGAAGUCAGACUUCAUUACACACCAGAGGUUCCUCUUACAGGAGAAGCCCUUUGUGUGCAGUGAGUGUGGCCUGGGAUUUACCCAGAAAUCAGUCUUCCUUUUGCACCAGAGGACACACUCAGGGCAGAAGCCACAUGUGUGCAAGGAGUGUGGGCGAGGGUUUAGCAACAAAUCAAAUCUCAGCAGACACCAGAGGAUACACUCAGGUGAAAAACCUUACUUGUGCCUGGAGUGUGGGCGAGGCUUUAACCGGAAAUCACAUCUCAUCACACACCAGAGGACACACUCUGGAGAGAAACCUUACGUGUGCCUGCAGUGUGAGCGGGGCUUUAACCGUGAGUCACACCUCCUUAUCCACCAGAGCACACACUCAGGGGAGACGCCUUAUGUGUGCAAGGACUGUGGCCAAGGGUAUAAACGAAAAUCAGACCUCCUUGUGCACUGGAGGACACACUCGGGGGAGAAGCCACAUGUGUGGAGGGAGUGUGGCCGAGGCUUCAGCCAGAAGUCGAAUCUUAUCACACACCAGAGGACACACUCAGGUGAGAAGCCUUACAUGAGCCUGGAGUGUGAGCAGGGCUUUACCCAGAAAUCAAGCCCCCAUCCCCACCAGGGAACUCAUUCAGAGGAGAAGCUGUAUGUGUGCAAGGAGUGUGGGCGUCGCUUUAGCUACAAGUCCACUCUCAUCCCACACCAAAGGACACACUCAGGGGAGAAGCCGUAUGUGUGCAAGGAGUGUGGGCGAGGGUUUAGCAACAAAUCAAAUCUCAACAGACACCAGAGGACACACUCAGGUGAAAAACCUCACAUGUGCCUGGAGUGUGGGCGAGGCUUUAACUGCAAGUCAAAUCUCAUCGCACACCAGAGGACACACUCAAGCGAGAAACCUCAUGUGUGUGUGGAGUGUGGGCAAGGCUUUAACCGGGAAUCACGCCUCCUGAUACACCAGAGGACACACUCAGGGGAGAAGCCGUAUAUGUGUAAGGAGUGUGGCCGAGGGUUUAAACGGAAACCAGACCUCCGUAUGCACUGGAGAACACACUCGGGGGAGAAGCCACAUGUGUGCAAGGAAUGUGGUCGAGGCUUCAGCCAGAAGUCGAAUCUUAUCAGACACCAGCGGACACACUCGGGUGAGAAACCUUACAUGUGCCUGGAAUGCGGACGAGGCUUUAAUCACAAAUCAAAUCUCAUCCCACACCAGAGGACACACUCAGGUGAGAAACCUUACGUGUGCCUGCAGUGUGGCCGAGGCUUUAACCGCAAAUCAAAUCUCAUCACACACCAGAGGACACACACAUUUAUUGGGGAAUCUGAUCCUUUGCAGGGGGAGAGAAGUGAUCUAGGUUUUGGAGACAGAUGCUAGGUGAAGGGACAGAAUGUCCUACAUCUCCAGAGACUCAAUUACCUCUUCUCCUAAAUAAUUUUUUCUGUCACUACCUUGUUCUGUUGGCUUCUGUGAAAGCUCCCUUCCCUGGUUUUCCUUCUUGCUUUCUAGUCUCUAUUCUGGUCUGCUGAAUCUUUCUCCACCCAUGGAAGUAUUGCUGUUCCCUAAUGCUCAGUUCCCAGUCCUAGCUGCAGGGUCCUUUUAACUACCCACUGUCCCUCACCUUGAAGUCAGCGUUCCAGAGCCUUCCAGAUUCCAGGGUCAGAUCCUUUAACCAUAUUCAGACUGUUCUCCAGUCCUGUUGCUUUGAGGCCUCUUGGCUACUCCAUAUGUUAGGUCAAUAAUGCUAGGUUUAGCGACACCUAAACAGAUAAUCUAAUACCAGGUGUAAGGACCGCUAGCCAUGUACCCUCAGCCCUCCGAUCCUUGGACUCAGUGCUGCUAAUGGCACUCCCACAUCAUUCUAAUAAGUACUCUGAGACAACCUAGCUAUACCUCCUCCUCUGAUUUUCACUUCAAGGACUUGGUCCUUUAUCCAUGCCUCUCUUCAGUGCUCCUCCUCGGAGCCGAAAUUUUUCAGUUUUUUGACUACUAUGCAUGUCCUGGCUUACACUGCUGUGUCCUGGGGCAAUAACUAUUCACUAGAGAGGGUUUGUCUAGGCUGCCGCAAAUUUGUUUGCUCACUAGGAGUUUUCUAGGACAGCAGAACUGAUACCAUAUUUUGAGAAUAGAAAAAGUAUAGUGUUUUGAACAAACGAUCAAAGCAGGGCACAGGAAUGUUAGAGCAGUCACUGGCCCCGCAGCCUCUAUCCACUGUCUCUUGCCUUGAAGCCAGCUUCCAAAGAUUCUGAUUCUGAUUCUGUUCAGGUGGAAAGGGUAGGAGUGCUGAAAUGUGGUCCCCUAAACUUUACCACAUUUUCCUUGAUGUCCCUUUCCAGAGUCCUCCCCACCUCCUCCCUACUGCCUUAAGACCAACAUUCUCUCUUCAGAACUGGAAGUGAGAGGGAAAGUAAAUGGAUAUGUAAUCUCUAGGAGUUUGAGGAGGGAGGAUUCCAGAUAAUCAUAUGGCCCCUUCCCUGCCAUUGGGAAAGAAAGCCAAUCAAGAACACUAGCACCUUCUUGGGGAAAAAUGGAAAUAAAGAGAAAAUCAAUAAAGAGAAACUAAAGACUCACCUAGCUACAGGGAUUGACAAACCCAAGAUCAGCAAGUCAGAUGGCAGGCUACUGGCUCAUGGGCUGCAAAGGCAGACAAAUGCAAGAUCAACAGGUAAGAUGGCAGGCUGCUGGCUCAAGUCCCCAGAACUGGAGGUCAGAUGAUGACAUGCCAGAUGCAGGAUCCAGAGUGAGCAAAAGCCAGCAAGCUCUGCCAGAAAGUCCAUGUAUAUUGGAUGCAGGACACACCCCUAAGAACCUCCCUUUCAACUGAUUGCUCAUAAUUGAUCACAUUGUGGAGGUGAUUGCAUUACAUCAGAUCUCAUCAUAGAAGUGAUUACAUCAUUACAUAACUGUCAAACUACUGGGAAUCAUGGCCUGGCCAAGUUGACACAAAACUUUAAUCAUCACAAGACUCCACAAUCCUCCAGCCUGAUGCCUGACCCAUGAAUUUGGGAUUUGCCAGGCUCCACCGUCAUGUGAGCCAUUUCCCUGAGAUAAAUCUAUUUAUAUACGGUUCACUGGUUUUGCUUUUCUAGAGAAACCAGCCUAAGACAUUUGGUAUCCAGAGUGCUUCUGGAAGAACACAAUUGUAAGGAUGAAUUCUGAAUUGGCUCUCAAGUCUGGCUAGUCUUAAAGACACUGAUGACUCUGCCUGCAGUAGUAAAAAGGACACUGCUGGUCCAUGGCAUGAGGUGGCAGUAGAAAUAUGCAAAAAUAUCACCACCAAUAGAUCAAAUAUUUGUGAGAAGCAAGGCGCUGUGUGAUUUUAUAUUUGAUUCUUUAUGGUAUUUGUCAGAGUGAGAAGUACAGGGAGGCUGGCUGGUUGGUCCACUUUUGCUAGACAAAGUAGCGAAAGGGAUGAGCUCAGGGCAAGAAAGUCACAGCCCAAGCACUGCAUAAAAGACCUGAAAGUUUCCACUUGUUCCUGAAAGCCUUAUUUGUUUUAGCAACAGAGCCGAUAUUGAUGAAAACCAAACCCAGAGUCUUAUCAUAAGAGUGGCUGAAUUAUAAUACCACUUGACUUUCCAACCUUGAAUGGUGUCCGAAGUUAAAGUGAGGGCAUUGAUUGGGAAGAAAUGAGAUCCAGAAACCGGGGAUGGGGACAUAUGGGCAGAUAAUCAGAAAGCUGGGGACACUGGGCACCUAAAUUGUAUUGAAUCAUUCCUGCCAACAGAAUGAGCUCUCUUACUCCCAUGUGAACAGAUUACUCCAUUUCUGCUUGCUAAGCCUCCCUCGCUAAUAGAACUGUUAUUCUUUCCACCCCCAUCUGAUGAAAUUCAUCCAGCUGUUUCUCCUGAAGAGUCUUUGUGUGAGAUAUCAACUUUGUGCCACCUGUGGCAUUGCAUGAAGCAGAUGCCUUACAAGACAUUGCUGAAUAUUCUUAGGACCCAUUCCCACC